CAACAUCUGUGUGUUUGUGUGUCUCUGUCCAUAGUCUCAGACCAGUCUGGACUGGCUGCCUCUGUGCUCUGUGUAGCCAGUUCGACAGAUUGUUUCACUGUGGAGACUUUACGGGAUUGGAGUGAGACUUUUCUUGGAUAGAUUGAUAGAUCCCUGUGAGACAGUUCUGUGUGAUGGAUAGUUUGUGACUGAUCGGGAGAUCUUUUGGGAGCACACAAGGGUCCUGUAGCCUACAGUACGAGGCAAUCUAUCAGCAGGGAGAGGAGUUGGCUCGACUCUACAGCUACGUGACCACGCUUCACUGACUCAACCCAUGGAUGUCAUAAUGCUAUGUCCAAGCUGAAGAGGUCUGUGUCUUUUCUGGAUAAGGCUGGAGCUGGAUGCGUUUCUCUCCUGUUCUGUGAUGGUGUGAUCUCACUGCUGGAGAUGUAGGAAGCCCUAUAUUCAGCGCCUUUCACACUUUCUAGUCUCUACUAUCUCUGUCUGCCUGCCUGUAUAGAGCAGAGCAGGCCUCGCUCUGUACUGUGGAGCUUGCUUAACUGCCUGGACGGGACAUUAUAUCAUGGCUGUUUAAUCAUAUAAGUGGAUCUAUUGCUGUAGGGUAAAAAGGGAGCCGUGGUGAAAAACGGUAACGUUCCCUAGAAAGGGCCCAAACCCUGGCCGCCAUGGCCCCUCGCAAGCGUCCAGGGCGGGGCCUCUCCGAUAUUUUCUGCUGUUUUAAAGGGAGUGAUCACCCGGAGAUCACCUACCGCCUUCGCCAUGACAGUAACUUCAUCCUACAGACCAUGGAGCCCUCCCUGCCCAUGCCACUUGAAGAGGAGCUGGAUGCCAUGUUCUCUGAGCUGGUUGAUGAGCUGGACCUGUCAGGGAAACACCGGGAAGUCAUGUUUGCCCUGCCAGCUGAGAAGAAAUGGCAGAUGUACUGUAGCAAAAAGAAGGAGGGAGAAGAGAGCAAGGGUGCGACUAGCUGGCCAGAGUUCUAUAUCGACCAGUUGAAUUCCAUGGCUGCUAGGAAGACCCUUAUUGCUUUGGAAAUGGAGGAUGAGGAAGAGAGGAACAAGACAAUAGAGAGCUUAAAGACAGCUCUAAGGACACAACCCAUGAGGUUUGUGACGCGGUUCAUCGACCUGGACGGUCUGACCUGCAUCCUGAACUUCCUGAAGAGCAUGGACUACGAGACCACCGAGUCCCAGAUCCACACGUCCCUGAUUGGCUGCAUCAAGGCCCUGAUGAACAACUCCCAGGGGCGCUCCCAUGUGCUCUCCCACACAGAGAGCAUCAACAUCAUUGCCCAGAGCCUGGCAACUGAGAACGUCAAGACCAAAGUGGCGGUGCUGGAGAUCAUGGGCGCUGUGUGUCUGGUGCCAGGAGGGCACAGGAAGAUCUUGGAGGCAAUGCUGCACUAUCAGAAGUUCGCUUGCGAGAGGACUCGCUUCCAGACUCUGCUGAAUGACCUGGACAGGAGUACGGGGCGCUACAGGGACGAGGUCAACCUGAAAACAGCCAUCAUGUCCUUCAUCAAUGCAGUGCUUAGUCAGGGAGCAGGGGAGUCGAGCUUUGAGUUCAGAAUUCACCUGCGAUACGAGUUCCUUAUGUUGGGCAUCCAGCCAGUCAUCGAUAAACUGAGGUCUCACGACAACUCAACGUUAGACAGGCAUUUGGACUUCUUUGAGAUGCUGAGAAACGAGGAUGAACUAUCUUUGGCAAAACGCUUUGACACUGUGCACAUUGACACAAAAAGUGCCACGCAAGUGUUUGAGCUCAUAAAGAAGAAGAUGAACCACACAGAUGCACACCCGCACUUUAUAUCUGUCUUACAGCACUGUCUCCUUAUGCCUUACAAGCGUAGUGGGAACACAGUGCAUUACUGGCUCCUCCUGGACCGCAUCGUCCAGCAGAUCGUCCUGCAGAACGACAAAGGUCAUGACCCUGAUGUCACCCCCCUGGAGAACUUCAACGUGAAGAACGUGGUGCGAAUGCUGGUCAACGAGAAUGAAGUCAAACAAUGGAAAGAACAGGCCGAGAAAAUGAGAAAAGAGCACCAUGAGCUGCAGCAGAAGUUUGAUAAGAAGGAACGCGAGUGUGAGGCCAAGACCCAGGAGAAGGAGGACAUGAUGCAGACGCUGAAUAAGAUGAAGGAGAAGCUGGAGAAGGAGUCCAGCGAACACAAGCAGGUCAAGCAGCAGGUGGCUGACCUCUCAGCCCGGCUGCAUGACCUCAGCACUAGGCCAAAUCCAAGUGUUCCUGGUGGCCAUCCACUCAUACCUGGGGCCCCUGGAGGUCCCAUACCACCCCCUCCCAUGCAUGCUGCCAUGCCCCCACCCCCUCCACCACCCCCUGGGGGCAUGCCUCCACCGCCACCCCCUCCACCCGGUGGCCCUCCUCCUCCUCCAGGCAUGGGUCCCCCUCCUCCACCUGGAGCUCCCAUGGGACCAGGGCUGAAAAAGAACAUCCCCCAGCCCACCAACCCACUCAAGUCAUUCAACUGGGCCAAGCUGGCUGAGAAUAAGCUGGAGGGCACUGUGUGGACGGAUGUCGAUGACAUCAAGGUUUUCAAAAUCCUGGACCUUGAGGACAUCGAGAAGACCUUCUCUGCAUACCAGAGACAGCAGGACUUCUUAACAAUGAACAAUAACAAGAAAGAGUCCGAAGAUGAUACUGUGACCUCCAAGAAGGUCAAGGAGCUGUCAGUCAUUGACGGUCGCAGAGCCCAGAACUGUAACAUCCUCCUCUCUCGCCUGAAGCUGACCAAUGAGGAGAUCAAGAGGGCCAUCCUGACUAUGGACGAACAGGAGGAUCUGCCCAAAGACAUGCUGGAGCAGCUGCUAAAGUUUGUCCCAGAGAAGAGUGACGUGGAUCUCCUGGAGGAGCACAAGCAUGAGCUGGACCGCAUGGCCAAAGCUGACCGCUUCCUCUACGAGAUGAGCAGGAUCAACCAUUACCAGCAGAGGUUGCAGUCCCUCUACUUCAAAAAGAAGUUUGCUGAAAGAAUCGUCGAAGUCAAACCUAAAGUUGAAGCUCUAACCAGGGCCUCUAAAGAGAUGCUGCAGAGCCGCAACCUCAAGCAGCUUCUGGAAGUGGUCCUGGCCUUUGGUAACUACAUGAACAAGGGCCAGAGGGGAAACGCCUAUGGCUUCAAAGUGUCCUCACUCAACAAGAUCGCUGACACCAAGUCCAGCAUUGACAAGAACAUUACUCUGCUGCAUUACCUGAUCACCAUCCUGGAGCAGAAGUAUCCCAAAGUGGCUGUGUUCCAGGAGGAGCUUCAGAGUGUUCCAGAGGCAGCUAAAGUCAAUAUGACAGAGCUGGAGAAAGACAUCAACAAUCUACGCUCUGGUCUGAAGAGUGUGGAGCUGGAGCUGGAUUUCCAGAGAGGUCAUCCUCAGGUUUCGGGGGAUAAGUUUGUGUCUGUGGUGAGCCAUUUCAUCACUGUGGCCAGCUUCAGCUUUUCAGAGGUGGAUGAUUCUCUGACUGAGGCCAAGGAGCUGUUUCUGAAGGCAGUGCAGCAUUUUGGAGAGGAUGCAACCCGUAUGCAGCCUGACGAGUUCUUUGGAAUCUUCGACCAAUUCCUGCAGGCGUUCGCUGACGCUAAGCAGGAGAAUGAGAACAUGCGCAGACGCAAGGAGGAAGAGGAACGACGGGCCCGCAUGGAAGCACAGCUGAAGGAGCAGAGGGAGAAGGAGCGCAAGGCCAAGAAGGCAAAGGAGAACUGUGAGGAGGACGGUGAAUUCGACGACCUCGUUUCAGCCCUGCGCUCCGGGGAGGUGUUCGAUAAGGACUUGUCCAAGAUGAAACGCAACCGCAAACGAGUCAACUCAUCAGCUGAGACCAGCAGGGAGCGACCCGUCACCAAACUGAACCUCUGAAACAACUGAUCCUGUCUUACUGGAGCUAAGCUAUGCUGCCCUCUGGUGUCCUGGCAUGAGCCUAGUGCCCCCAGUUUUGGGAGUGGACAGAAUUCACUUCUAAAACGGAACUGAGCAGGAAAGGUGGUGGACAGACUUCUACUUACUCUUCUGCUACUCAAGCAACAAUAACCCAGAGCUUGUGUCCAUCUGGAAACAGACAUAUAAGAUAUUACCUCCUCUGAAAACCAUGAACUAUGGAUAAGGAGUGACUCUCUAAGCUAUUUGUGUUAAUUGCCAAAACCUACACUUUUAAAAUGCUGUGCUCUGAAUGACAGUUUUUCUCCUGUUGUGGACGGGACACUUUUUUUUAAUAGCAUAGGGCUGUUGCCCUGGAGUAGGACACUCUUCUUGACCCUUCCUACCUGCAAAAAUUAGCAGGAAGUGGAAUGGAAAGCCAGGGGUCACACGCGCACACACCGGCUGCGACACAUUUCCUCUUUUAAACGGGAGAAAGUGGAACUUCUUUCCUGCUAUUGUGUUCAGUCAGUCAGACACCUCUCGAGAGUACAGUAGAGGAUGCCAACCCCAUGCAGAGAAACAGUGUCUCUUGAAGCACAAUCCAUCAUGUAUGAAUUACGUUUUUGAGAUGAGCAAAAAAGCAUAACAAGAAACACAUUUUAAUACUGUUUUUAUCACAAUUUUGCAAAGACCUAAUUUAGAUAUUUAAAACCAAAUCAAAGAUGCAAUAUUACCAUUUUAUUAGAGCCUAUAACUUUCAUCUAUAAAAUACUCCAUUAGAACUGAAAUAUACAGUAUUGUAGAAGAGUAGGAUCUAAUUUUAGGCCUGCUGACUUGAAAGGACAGUGUCACUGUUUCUAUAUUAUUCGAAGAGUUACCAAAAAUAAUUGCUCUUCCUCUGGUCAUCCUAACACACGGAGGAUAUCAGUCUGGAAACUAUGCAGCCCAACAUUUACUGCCAUGUAACAGUCAAAAGUUUGGACACACCUACUCGUUCAAGGGCGUUUCUUUAUGUGUACUAUUUUCUACAUUGUAGAAUAAUAGUGACGAUGUCUAAACUAUGAAAUAACACAACCAUGUAGUAAGAAAACAUAUGUUAAACAAAUCUAAAUAUAUUAUACAGUUUUGAUUCUUCAAAGUAGCUACCCUUUGCAGUGAAUGACAGCUUUGCACACUCUUGGCAUUCUCUCAACCAGCUUCAUGAGGAAUGCUUUUCCAG